CAAACAUGUCUUCGAACCCAUCGAUUAUUGAAAAUCUCCUAUUCCAAUCAACCACGUUCACCGUACUCGCGCUUCUACUAUUUCUUUACACACUAUCUGUCAUAACAAGAAAUUGCAUAGGCCCAUCCAAAUCACCAUCGGAAGCUGGUGGUGCAUGGCCUUUAAUAGGGCACCUCCACCUUCUUGGUGGCUCACAACUACCUCACGUGAAGCUAAGCGAAAUGGCCAAAAAGUACAGACCAAUUUUUGCCAUACGACUCGGAAUUCACAAGACUUUGGUUGUGAGCAGCAAGGAGAUGGCCAAAGAAUGUUUCACAAUUAAUGACAUGGCGUUUGCUAGCAGGCCUACAGGCAUUGCCUUUCAGGUGUUGGGUUACAAUUUUUCAAUGAUAGGGUUCUGCCGUUACAGCGCCUAUUGGCGCUAUGUGCGUAAGUUGGCCACCUUGGGGAUCCUCUCUAUCCACCGGACAAAGAUACUGAAGCAUAUCAUGGAGUUGGAGGUAAAGAUCGCAAUGAAAGCGAGCUAUGAUUUGUGGUUAUUGAAGAAAACUUGUUCGGAGAAGGUAGUAAUAAAAAUUUGCAUGGUAGUAACCAACUAUUUAUUUGCCAUUGUUUUUAAGAUACUCUCUAUUUUUAGAAAAACUAUAACUAACCAACUCUACGUAAAAUCAAUUUGA